AAAGCUUGUGCGCAUGCGUAUACAAUAGGAGUUAGAAAGUGGCGGUGAGAUUUUAUCCUCUGGACUUACAGAAAAUGGCGAACACCAAAGCCAAAGAACUAGAAGGAUACGUUGGGUUUGCCAAUCUUCCAAAUCAAGUGUAUCGAAGAUCUGUGAAAAGAGGUUUUGAAUUUACAUUAAUGGUGGUUGGGGAGUCUGGUCUUGGUAAAAGUACACUGAUAAACUCACUCUUCCUGACAGAUAUCUAUAAUGACAAGGAGUAUCCAGGUCCAUCACUGAGGAUCAAGAAAACUGUCUCAGUGGACACAUCAAAAGUUUUAAUCAAAGAGGGCGGUGUUCAGCUUCAGCUUACAAUAGUAGAUACACCUGGAUUUGGGGAUGCGGUUGAUAAUAGUAAUUGCUGGGUACCUGUCACAGACUAUAUUGACAAUACAUUUGAAGAUUAUUUAAAUGCUGAAUCCAGAGUUAAUAGACGCACAAUGCCAGAUAACAGAGUCCAUUGCUGUCUUUAUUUUAUAGCGCCGACAGGGCAUGGGUUAAAACCAUUAGAUAUUGAAUUUAUGAAGAAGCUUCACGAGAAGGUCAACAUUAUACCAUUAAUCUCCAAAGCAGACACUCUAACACCAGAAGAAUGUAAACAGUUCAAGAAACAGAUCAUGAAAGACAUAGAAGAAAAUAAAAUCAAGAUUUAUGAAUUUCCAGACACGCCGGAUGAUGAAGAUGAUAACAAAGAAAAUAAUGCUAAAAAUACACCAGUACCACAAGCCCCAAUUUUAGAAGUAAAUGGUAAGAAAGUCCGAGGCAGGCAGUACCCUUGGGGUAUCGUAGAAGUUGAAAAUUUGGAACACAGUGAUUUUGUCACUCUCCGGAAUCUUUUGCUGCGAACACAUAUGCAAGAUUUGAAAGAUGUAACGAAUAAUGUACACUAUGAAAACUUCAGGUGUCGGAAAUUAACACAAGUCACGUCAGGAGAUCAAAAACCAUCUCGAGCGGCCAAAGCAUCAUCAAAGAACCCUAUGUCUCAGUUUGAAGAAGAAAAGAGGGAACAUCAGACUAAGAUGAAAAAGAUGGAAGCUGAGAUGGAACAAGUGUUUGAAAUGAAAGUCAAAGAAAAGAGAAAGAAAUUAAAAGAUUCAGAAGUAGAUUUACAAACUCGGUAUGAACAAAUGAAAAUCAGUUUAAACCGACAGCAAAAGGAAUUAGAAGAAAAAACUCGUCAAUUUGAAAAAGAAAAAGAAGCUUUUAGGCAAAAAGAAGAUGAAUUGAAAAGGAGGCAAUUGGACAAUGCCAAAACACUAGAUAUGAACAAAAAAGGCAAAGAAAAGAAGAAAACCUCUCUGUUUUGAGGAUCCCAGACGGGGACCAUGGUAAACGCAAAGUCUGAUCAGCAUCAAUACCAUAACACUGGGAAUUCAUAAAUGAAACGUACUAUGUCCAGUUGAAUUGACAUCUUUUGUCAUCCAUUUUUUUUUUAUUAUCAGAACUACUGUAGAGAUAACAAUACACUGGGUAGAAGGUCCCAAUGCAUGUUGUAGCAUGACAAAAAAAAUGUGAUGUGCUCUCACCUAAUGAUAUGGUUACACAAGUGACAACAUGCUCUGAUAGUGUGUGGGCAGUCAAAGACGACUCAGUCAGACACAGCAGAUGAAACUUUGCAUUAAAUGAUAACAAUUUAGUUUGAGUAUUUUUCUCACUCGCAAGCAUAUUGUUAUUAUUUUUUUCAGUGAUAUUCUGUGCUGCACUGUUUGCAUUGAACAUUUUCACAGGGGGGGUUUUAAACUUGAACUCUGAAAUAGCUUUACUGGCGUUUUCGAACAUCCAGGACAUAACUCAACAGGGAGACUUGAUUAUAAUUUCAUCCUUUGAAAACAUAAACUUGUGACAAUAUGUAGAGACGAAAAUGUAUUUUUUAUAGAGUAGAAAAUUGCAAAAAUACUAAAGAAAUUGCAGCUGCUGUCGCUUCAGUUCGAGAACUGUGUUAAUUAUUCAUGUAUGCGAGCUGCAUUGAUUAUUAUCAGAAUAAUUCAGAUAUUGUAACUGAGUUAAUUCUCAGGGAAGGGAAGGGGUACUCACAGACAAUGUGUUCUUAUGAUAUACUAUUCUCACUAGCAAACUUCAAACGCGUCUUCAACAUCUAAAUUAUCUGGUUAAUUGUUCAACUGUUAAAUUAAUAAUGCACCAACCUCAAAAUUUGUUGGGAUGACCAUCAAAUAAAGCACCACAGGUAUAGCGUCGUGUCAAAUUUGAUGUGGGUCCCAUGAGACGCAAACACCUUGAUGAAAUUUGAAUACUGUACCACUACUGUGGUACUUUAAUUGUUGGUCAUAUUCUUAAUGGUCCAAAUAAUUAUUUGAGUUUGUUGCUCGACUCAAACUUACAUUUUGUUUAUUGAAUCUAUUCAGCAAGCUGCUGUAUUUAAUUCCAAUUUAGCCAUCGAUAUAGAGACUUUAUUACUUUCUUUCUCUGUGUGUUGGGAGUCUUAGAUCCUGAAUUGGUGUCUGAACUCAGCUAUCAAUACUCGCUUAAAAUAUUAUUCCUUCCCUUUGAUGUUUUAUUUUGUGUGAAAGUGAGAGAGUGCUUGUCGCAUUUAGGAAUAGCAUUUUACUGCGAAUUAUAAUCGAUUAUCUUCCAUAUAUAGAAUCAAAGAAAUUGAAUACUUAGUUUAGAAUUGCUUCCAAUUUGAUGUAUCUCCAUGUAGAUUUAAUCUUUAUAACUCGUAGGCACUUCAUAACACUAGUAUAUUCUGAUUCUGUGGCAUUACUAUUGAUACAUCUUGCUGUUUCCACUUUGUUUUUGGUUCUUUACUGGUACUACGCUGCUGUACAAUCAACGUUUGAGUACUUGUGAAUCCUUCCUAUUGUAGUUAGUAAACCAUAAUGAUUUGUCAGUUAUUUGUAUUAUUUAAGUUAAUGUGUAAGAUUGUAUCCCCUAUUUUGAAUACAAGAUUCCCUUGACUUAACUUGGGUAAGUAUGAUUCUAUUAAUUAUUCAAUUCUUCAACAUACCCCCCCGGUAUUAGUACUGGUAUAAGUUGAAUACUUGCUUCUACAGCUGACGUUCACUCUUUGUUGUAGCCAAACACUAUUUUUUUUUUUAUUUAUAACCAAUUAUGGACUAAUCUCACAUUACAGUUUAUCAGAGUUGAGUAUGUUUUGUAAAUUUCAUAUAACCAUGUCAGUUUUUUCAAUUUGAUUCUUCUUAAACUGAAAUUAGGUAAAUUCCUUAAUGCACUGGUUGUAUGCAUAAGUUUCCCUGUAUACUAGUUAAGUGUCUUUUUUUUUAAAUCUAAAAACAUAGAAAGUGUUUUUUGUUGUCAUGCUUUAAAUCACUUUCUCUCUAAUGUUUUUGUCUAAAUGUCCCCUCUAAAGGAUUAGUUAGUCUUUUUAGACAUUGUAUUAUUAGUUAAGUCCAGGUAAUACUACCCCCUGUUAGGAAUUUAUUAGUGGUUAAAUGCAAUUUGUAAGGUCAUAGUGCAGUUUUCCUCAGAUUGAAAUCCGUCAUCACUAUUUGUGUUAUUUGCGACAUUUAGACUCCUUCCACGUUUAAAAGUGUUAAGAAAUUUAAGCCUAAUUUACAUUAUACUUAUACUAUUUGUGAAAACUGAAUUACUGUACUUCUAAUGGAAUGAUAGUACUUUACUGAGCUUAUUCAUAGCAGCUUGAAUGCUGAAUAGAAACAAGAAUGUUUCACUCAUUCUAAAUUUGUAGUAAUAGAAUGGAUCUUUUUUGUAUUGUUCAAGAGAAAAUGUUUGCAAUUUAUUCCAUAGCCCUGUAAAUUAUGACUGCCAUUUAUCUUUCAAUUUUUUAUUGUAGUGUUUUGACCCAGUUUCUGAGUUCAUUCUCAGGCAGCCUGUGAGGGCACCAUGUCAAUAAGUGACAUCAUUGGUAUCCAUAUUUGGUGCAUGUAUCUUGCAAAGAUAAUUCACCAGUUAUUAAUCACCUGUGUACUUUUUUUCACCACUUGAUUAAUUUCGCAAGAGGGUGUCAUUAAUAUAAGGCAGGAUUGUAUUGCAGUAAUUAUUUUUUUUGGAGGGGGGUGUUAUUUUUAUUGAUUAACAAAUAUUUUAAGUUUUUUCAAAUCUCUUGUACAGUUUUUUUUUUUGUAUUGCGUGUAUUUUUAUGUUAUUUUCAGAUAGAAAAAACAUAACUCCCGACACUUAAAACAGGCAUUUGAAUGAAUAGAUUUAAUUUUGACUGUCAGUGCUGAGUUGUGUACGUAUUACCAAAUUUUAUAGUAGUUUCCUUUUGUUAGAUGAACAUGAUAUCCAGCUGUGUGGGUUGCCAUAAAUAUUCUUUUUUAAAUAUUGAAAACUAAAAACUCAUUGUUGCCAUUGGAAUUAACAUCUGAAUAAAUGGCAGCACUGAAAAGUUAAAUAA